UUAUGGCUCCCCAUAACAUUCGCCAAGUUCAGUGCUUGGAGCUUAACUACAACUCCCAGAAUGCUCUGGGCGGUCACUUGAUCUUCUCUCCCUCCCACCCUUUACUUGUGACACUAACUGGAGAGAAUCUGCUGGUCAUGGUGGGUUCUGAUGAGGCGGAUUGGACCUUGGUGGUUCUGACCUGUCAGUACAAGGACAGUGUCCAUGCCCUCCAGAGAGAAUUGGAGGUAAGGAAGAAGCGUGGUCAUCUGCCCCCUGACACCAUCCUACUGACUGUGGAAGACCCUCAGGCACACGUGGGAAGUGGAGGAGCAACUCUUAAUGCAUUGCUGGUGGCAGCAGAACAUCUGAGUGCCCGGGCUGGGUACACAGUGGUGUCUGCCGAUGUGCUGAAGGACGCGCGGCUUCUCAUUGUGCACAUGGGGAGAGACUUCCUGUUUGAUGACUGUGGCCGUGGUUUCACUGUCCUGCCCGUAGAGGACCCCCUGGCACCGGUGGAGUCCCUGACCUGCAACCUGGACAGUCUGCUGAACACACUGAGACAGCAACUGUGUCCUGGUUCCCCGCCCGGCGUGUGGAUCUGUAGCACGGAUAUGGUUCUCACUUUGCCAUCAAGCCCUCGAAUAAAUUGGACGCACUUCAGAGGAGCCUGUGUCAUCUCCGUGCCGGGGACACCAGAAUACGCAAAGAACCAUGGAGUGUACAUGAUGGAUGAACAGGGGCUGGUGAGGGAUAUCAUAUAUUGUGGCUCUGAAGAGAGGAUUCAGCAGUGCGUUCUGCGAGAUGGACGAGUCCCUCUGGUUUCUGGCAUAGUUUUCCUUUGCUCCGAGACCUCAGACCGUUUUCUUAGCACUCUCGCUUUGCCUCCUCUGGACGGCUGCACCUACCAAGGCCUGGACUCGGGGGCUGAACCGCUAGAGAUGUCCCUGUUUCUGGACGUCCUUAUGAGCAUGGCCCAGGAUGUUAAGGAGGACGAUCUCAUGGAAAGGACACCCACGGGCACGUCCCACGCGCAGGCCGGCCGGAUCCGCAGCGCUCGUUCUGUCCUCUGGAGGGAACUGCAUGAUCUCCCGCUACGUGUAGCCUAUAUACCUGAUGGGAGUUACGAGUAUCUGACCCUGGACCCCAAGGAGCACAUGGGAAAUCUGAUCAGGGCAGCGUCACGUGGACCCCCUCACUGCAGCAAGAUGGCGCAUUCCUUUGCAACGCACCCCCUGCUGGUAGAGGAUGGAAGCUCCGUGGUUAACAGCCGGCUGAGCGGAGAGGUGUCCGUGAGCUCUGGGAGCGUUAUACAAAACUGCCACCUUCUGGGUCCUCUGCGUGUGGGCAGCGGAUGUCUGAUCACUGCUAUCGAUGAAGCAGGCGCGCGUGCGCUGCGAGGCUCCCAGCUGAGUAAUGUCAUCCUGCAAGCACACCCUAUACGUGUUCAGAAGCUCUCGCUGACAGUGUACACCCUGCUGGGCACUGACGACCAACUGCAGAGUCCAGCCAAUAGCGCUUCUGCCACGUACCUUAACCUGCCGUGGGAUGCGUUCUUCCAGCGAACCGGGAUCUGUGAAAACGACCUGUGGGGUUCUGGCACUCCCUCUCAAGAACACAAUUUAUUAAGUGCUCCCCUUUUUCCUGUCCUUCACCCUUCCGACACGCUUGGCAUUGGAGAUGUGCUAUGGUUCUUGGGGUCAGAGGCUGGGCGCAGAGAGAUGGAAGGAUGUCUGAAGCGCUGGCGCACUUCGUGGCGCAUGUCGUGGGAACAGUUAUGGCAGCACCGUGAUCAGGAGAGGGCUCUGUGUAAUCGCCGGGAGGUAUUUUUCAGCCAAGCGCAGGCAAAACUGCAAAGGGUCUUGCUGGAAAGAGAGGAAAGGAGUCUGCUGCCCAUAAUCCAGGCUGCUGUCCAGGAGGGGAGCCAGGAGCUGCUACUGACCACACUAGAUCACGUGGCGGUGAUGGCAGAGGACCCAGGAAUCGCUGCCAGGGCAUUUGCCUGUAUUGCUGACCUCUUGGGGUGUAUGGCGGGAGGCGACGGUGGAUUGAGGAGUGGACCGGCUGCUAACAAGGCCUGGACUGCUGGCUAUCAGCUUCUGGAGAAGGGAAACAUUGCCGAAGGUGUUAAAGAAAUGGCGGCGGAGCGUGACAAGUGGCUGAGCAGAGCUGCCCAUCUGCUUCGCGCUGCGCGACACUACGAAGGAGCAGAGCAGAUCUUGGUCCGCCGAGCAGUCAUGUCUUCUUUCCGGUUUGUUCGUAUCGGCCAGAAGGCUCUGCCGCCCCAGGGCCGGUGGGUGUGCGCGGAGUGCCCUGCUCGCAUUGAUAUAUCGGGAGGCUGGAGUGACACCCCACCGAUAACAUACGAGCACGGUGGAGCGGUGGUGAACGUGGCCGUACUGGUGGAUGGUCAGCGGCCCAUUGGCGCUCGGGCGAGGAGAAUUCCUGAAGCUAAGAUUCAUUUGCGCAGUGACAGUGGUCCAAGAGGGUCGCAGCUUCACACCCAGCUCACGUGUCAGACUCUCGCUGACCUACAGGACUACAACCAGCCCCAGGCUCCAGGAGCCCUGCUUAAAGCUGCCUUCAUCUGCACUGGGACGGUGAGCCUGACGUCAGAGAAAUCCUUGCAGGAGCAGCUGCUGGGUGGAUAUGGGGGAGGAUUUGAGCUGCACACGUGGUCCUUCCUCCCUCACGGGUCUGGCUUAGGUACGAGCAGCAUCCUGGCCGGAGCGGUGAUCGCUGUGCUGUACGAGGCGUCGGGCAGGUCCGCAGACGCAGAGUCUCUGAUCCAUGCAGUGCUGUACCUGGAGCAGGUCCUGACAACGGGGGGCGGCUGGCAGGACCAGGUGGGAGGGCUGAUUCCAGGAGUGAAGAUUGGCCGCUCGGCCCCUGAGCUGCCCCUGCGAGUUCGGGUAGAGGAGGUCGUCCUUCCUGAUGGGUUUCUGCAGACUCUGAAUAGACACCUUCUCCUGGUGUACACGGGGAAAACACGCCUGGCGCGUAACCUUCUGCAGGAUGUGCUGCGCAACUGGUACGCACGCCUUCCGGCCAUCGUCCAGAACGCAGACUCGCUAGUGAGCAACGCCGAGCGGUGUGCGGAGGCCUUCCGGACCGGGGACAUGCUGCAGCUGGGAAGCUGUCUGAACCAGUACUGGCUGCAGAAGAAAGUCAUGGCGCCCGGCUGUGAGCCUCUCGCGGUACGCAGGAUAAUGGACCUUCUGGAGCCCUACGUGUACGGGCAGAGCCUCGCCGGGGCCGGAGGAGGAGGCUUCCUCUAUAUCCUCACAAAGCAACCAGACCAGAAGGACGUCCUUCAGCGGCUGCUGGAGAACACACAGGGACUGGAAAGAUGCAGCCUGCAUUCUGUGCAGCUUGACACGGCGCGCUUUACGGUGCAUCUGGAAGAAGAGAGCCAAGCACAUGGGAAUGUGCGACAACAACCGCAUCUAUAAAGAGACCCCCUACAAGUCGCUGACGAUCGGUGCAGGGGCUCUGCAAAAAGAUCAGCCGAAUGCUGGUGAUGGGUAUGCUGCAAUCGUGUGUAUAUUUUGUAAUUAUUUGGACAAAUAAACACAUUUUGAAGGCAAAA